CCACCGUAUAGAGGGUGCAAUCCCACUUCCACCUAGUCUAGCCAUUCCUUCCCUCUUUCAAUCAGUUUCAAUCCGUUGUGGAAGGAAAACACAACAUAGCAUAGCAAAGAAGAGAAAGAAGCGCGAAAAGAAGAAGAAGAAGAAAGAGUUGGAGUUUGUGGUCUGAAAAAUGGGGAGCGAAGAGGAGAAGGGGGAGUUCUACCUGAGAUACUACGUGGGGCACAAGGGGAAGUUCGGCCACGAGUUUCUUGAAUUUGAGUUCAGACCCGACGGCAAGCUCCGUUACGCCAACAACUCCAACUACAAAAACGACACAAUAAUCCGCAAGGAGGUGUACCUCACUCCCGCCGUUUUGCGUGAGUGCCGCCGAAUAGUCGCGGAGAGCGAGAUCAUGAAGGAGGACGACAACAACUGGCCGGAACCCGAUCGGGUGGGACGCCAGGAGCUCGAGAUUGUCAUGGGGAACGAGCACAUUUCCUUCACAACUUCCAAGAUCGGGUCUCUCGUCGACGUUCAAUCCAGUGCGGAUCCGGAAGGCCUUCGCAUCUUUUACUAUCUUGUUCAGGAUUUGAAGUGUUUUGUCUUCUCUCUCAUUUCUCUUCACUUCAAGAUCAAGCCUAUAUAAGGUGUUCGAAAUAUUAUGAGUUCAUCCUCAAUGUGUACUUGUGUCACAACCAUCAAUUUUUUCGAAUGGAGUUUGACAUCUGAUAGACUGACUUAUAAUCAUGAAUAUGAUUUGGUUCUGUAUGAAGUGCUUAUUUUGGAUUUGAGGGUGUAACCCUUGUUGUACCAAAGUGUUGAUUGGAUUGUUUUAUGCAUGGCUUCGUUAUUCUUUCUUUC